AUGCUACCCUGCUUCUACGUCGAGAUAGAAGUGCGGCAGCUGUGCCUGAUUGUGCUCUCCGUGAGCGUGGCCUUCUCUUUUGUCGUGAUCCGGCACCACCCGAAAUCCUGGCUCCUGCAGGACGCCCUUGGCAUCAUAUUCUGCAUCUACAUGAUCAAGACCCUGCGCAUGCCCAAUCUCAUGGUUAUCGCCGUUUUGUUGGUCUUGCUCUUCUUUUACGACAUAUUCUUCGUCUUUCUCACGCCGUUCAUUCUACCAAGAGGCGACAGUAUCAUGGUGGAAGUAGCCCGAGGCGGUGGCACCGAUGAGAUGAUCCCGAUGGUGAUGCGGGUUCCUCGGUUCGGCAACCACGACCUCGCUGCUUGCUUCGGGGAAUGGUCGUUGCUCGGACUCGGCGAUAUCCUUAUUCCCGGAUUCCUGGUUGCCUAUGUGCACAGUUUCGACCUCAUCGCGACUGGGCGCCGCUUGUAUUACACUACGACAGUCAUCGCCUAUAGCGUGGGCCUGGUGGUGACCUUCCUGGCGCUGUACAUCAUGAAGACCGCCCAGCCGGCGCUGCUCUACCUCGUACCUGCAACGCUGAUCCCCGUCGUUCUCAUCGCCCGAUAUCGUGGAGAGUUGCGCGAGAUCUGGUACGGACUGAAGCCUGAGACGCCUCAGCCGUCGGAGGAGGAAGACGAGCCUCCUGCGGUCCCGAGGAAAGGCUCCGAGCGCCAGGGCCCGGCUGACUCGAAGGAACAAGGAAAGGCGCAGGAGCGGCGCAAAUCCCGCGAGCCCUCGGAAGUCGGCGAUGCCCCAGAGACCCGUGGCACUGCCGGAAGGCCUCCCUCCGCGGGAUCGGUGGCGGCGACCUCGCCACAGCGGGUCGUGAGCCCCGCGAUUCGUUCUCCCACAGGGGCUGCGUCCGGGACUGCGAUUCCGCCGCACGCGUUGCUGGGCACCAUGUUUACAGUGGGACUGCGCUAG